AAAUUUAGCUUUACACCACCAGCAUCCUGCAUGUAAAUCAAUAUCUCCUAAAUCAAAAUCGAUUAUUGACCACAUCCCCCUAAGUUAUUGGUUUUAUUCAUAAAUGUGACCACUGUCACAGCAUUUACUCGUUUAAUUAUUGAUUACUCUUACCGUAAUACAUAUUGGUGGUGCUUGGCUACAGGAUAACAUAAGGUUCCGUAUUUACUAUUUGCCUCUCUGAUAAUUCCAUUUGCACAGCAAAGGAUUACGGUUUAGACUUGGCAUGAAACUUUAGCUCUUUAGAGGCAGGCAUCGCGAAUAACACCCUGGAUACCUUCAUAAAGUAAAUUAUCCCGCAAUGGCUUACGUACCCGUCGAUGACAUCCGGCAAGUCUUCGCCAUCCUUUCGCCCCAAAUCUUCCACGACUGGGCCAACCUGAUGCGUAUUCUCGGGAUGCCAGAGUCGGAGAUACAAGAGACCCUCACCACCUACCGCCACAAGCGGCCCGCGGAGAUUGUCUACAAGGGUCUUGUUAGGUGGGAAAAGAUGUACGGGCCCGAGGCCACGGUGGAGAAGCUUGUCGCUGGGCUGCAGGAGCUGAGACUGAACGAAAUAGCGGAAACUAUUUCCAAGUACCGCGUUAAUAAGAAAGGUGUGAUGUGGGUCCCGGAUGUAACCGCCAAAUUGAACCUCACUAAUCCUAGGCAACGGUAUCGACAUCUAGCAGAAAUAGUACCGAGUUCCCGCGAGAUGGACCGUGAUCAAAGGAGGCUGCAUCUGAACUCCGAACCGCCUCUGACCUUCCGACGGACCACGCCUCCUCGAUCUCGCUUCAGUGAAUCAUUCGAGGGUGUUCCGCGAUGGAACGACACCAUGUCCCCGGACAGAUUCUCGACCGAGUCACCAGCAGACGACGAACGCCGGCAUUUUAACUACACCUACGUCUCCUCUCUGGUCUCGCCCUCGAAGAGAUUUCGAAACGAGCCGUGGUACAGCGGUAUUUGCUUCUUGCCCAAUAAUGAUCUAGCUCUUCUGGACAAGGAAAAUAAACAAAUCGAAAUACACGCCUGCCAAAAAUUCUCCGAUUGCAAGCGUUUCGUGUUUCACAAGUCUUUCAAAAUUCACCUUGAGAGGGAGCCGGAGAAUUCUCGGCCUUGCGAUAUGGCUGUUUUCAAGGGGUUUAUCAUAAUCAUAGAUUCGGGCAAAAGGUGUCUCAAGGUUUUCACGUCCGAUGGCAAGUGCGCAGGAAGUGUCAAGUUCAAAGUCCAGCCGAAGUGUAUCUCAAUCAAAGAUGACCGCGCCGCCAUUGCAUUCUGGGACCCGAGCGCGAAGAAGGGCAGUUUGGUCACCUAUCGGGCGAACAUUGAAGCAGAUAGGGAUGGUGGGAGGAAGUUCACGCUUUUCGACCCUAAACCUAUUUUGGGUGUGACGAAUAAUUAUUGCAACAUCACACUGACUGAUACCCAUCACAUCGCAGCCCUGACUGAAGACGGGCAAAUGUUUCUCUACGGAUACCGAUCGCCUUUCGAUGACACAUACGUCUGCCGCGCAGUCGCAAACACGGCGCGCCUGCGCAGCAUGACAUGGUCAAAAGGUGGCGUGAUGGUGUGCAACAGCUACAGAGACUGCAUCCAGAAAAUCCCAAUCACAGAGAAGGAACCUCUUGAUUUCGAUGUCUCCAAUACCAAAACGUUGUUGUCAUUCGCUGACGGACUGUACGGCCCGAAGACAUUCGCGGUUUUUGAGCCAGAUGAUGAUUUUGCGGUGGUGAAUAAAUUUGGCGCCCAGGUUCGCGUGUACGGGAGCGGGAGGGCGUUGCUCAAGGAUAAAUAUAUGUGGUACGAGGACAAGUACCCACCAACAUUCACUUGAAUAACUGCUGAAGAGAAUCCUUUGGCGUUGUAGGGCCCCGAGUCGACCGAUUUGUAGAGCCGGUGUAAAGAUUGAUUGUUUCCCAUAUUUCAGUGUUUUAUGUAGAGAACCUUGACUAUUCAGUAGGGGAAAAUGAGAAAAACCUGUCCAUUUGUCUUGGAGCGUUCCCGAACAAUGAGAAGCACACAUCCGACCUGGGAACGUUGCUCAUGAAUCGGACAGUCGCUCGGGAUGGACACCUCAACUGCGCCUGAAUGUUCAUUGCCCCACCGGCGAGACGAGAUAGGUCACCGCAAAAACUGUUGAUGAGUUAGUCUGACAGCCAGGCUUUAAACUUCGUCCUUUUCCAUGUGAUGUGUCCGUGCCCUAAGUCGUGUUGCUCAUUUGGCUGUACAGAGAGUCAUGACAUGCCAUUCCAUUGGACUGAUCGCCAUGGUGCAUGCGUUGUCUCCCAUCGGAAGGGCUUCUGUGCAUAUUCCAUAACUAUCAUCCGACCUUUGGCAGUAAUUUGAGAGUUAAAACCGGGUAUUAAUAUGCCGACAAAAACUUGAUAUCGGGACGGCGUAGCUUCAUUAUUGUACCGUUGAAAAGAGAGAAUUACAAAAUCAUGUAUUAAUAUCAAAUAUCAUUCACUGAAUAUAUCCAUCUGCAUGUAACGUAUGUCAUUAUUUAGAAUAAAAGCUAUUCUGAUACCCAUAA